AUGCAUUUCUCGAAAAGUGUUUUUUUUUUCCUGACCCCCAAGUAUCACUUGCAGACUCAGAUAAGAAGCACCAUUAAAAAAAAGCAAAACAUUUGUUUUAUUAAGAGAAAGAAAAGGAAGGAACAUCGCAACUAUUUUAAGUAUGGGAUAGCAGCCAAUAGGGAAAAGGGCAAUUCACAACAGGUUCCGCAGCUGGGGGAAAAUUCACAACCGAGGAGCGGUAGACCAGAGGGGAACCAAGUGAUUAAUCAAAAUGAGGAGACUCCUCGACGCACCCUUUUUGGAGAAAACAUAACUCAGGGUAGGCACACUGAAUGGGGAAGACGCCCCAAAGUUAGCUUAUUUCACACGAAGGUAAUCAAACAGCGAGGGGGCGCCAACCUGAGGAAUGCCCACCUCAUGGGUAAAAUAAUCCGAAGGAGCAGACAGGUCGAAACGUCCAUCGAGCAGGGGAGAUUCCCCUUCUGUGGGAGAGCUCCUCUCCACCUUGAAAAGAAGACGAAGGCGCAUGAACGUGGUCAGGCAGACGGUGAAGACACCUACGCGCAGGAAAAAGGAGCAAGUCGCGAAAAUAACCCAAAUGAUGCGAACCGAAGUGAUGCAAAUCCAAAUGCCGCCAAUCCAAAUAGGCAGGUGGGAAACCACCAACCCUCCAGUGCACACAAUAACGCGGACCAUACAAACUCAAGCAGAAAAAACGACAAACUGCUGUCCAAAAAGGGCGACUACUACAGCUGCAAAGAUGCUGAAAAACCGUUUGAAGAUAAAUCCCACGAGAAGGCAGAAAUGAAUAUAAAGAGGCACGACCUCAUCUUAGUAGCCCUCUCAGGCUGCAUCCCAUUCAUUUGUUUCGGCUUUGUUGAUAACUCCUUUAUGAUUAUUGCAGGGGAUUUAUUCGAUUCUACCUUCUGCGUCUUCCUAGGAUUCAGCACCCUCGCUGCAGCAGGAUUGGGGAAUCUAACCAGUGAUGUUUUGGGCAUCUUCAUUGGAGGCUACAUAGAAAAAAUCAUCGCCUACGUAGGGUUCCCGAGGAUAAACCUAACCAAUAAACAACUCAAAAUGAACAGAACUAGACGCUAUUACUACAUUGGAAGCGCUCGAAACCUUUACUCUCUGGUCGAUAGCGACAUUGUCCGGUUACCCCUAGAUCAGGACAUCAUCGGACAUGUGUAUAAAAGUGGCAAACUUAUCAACUAUGAAAGUGGCAGCCUCAUGAAAAACUUCGCCCAUUCGUAUAAGCCCAGUACGGAGAAGGAAGAAGUCGGGAAAGAUCUACCUCCUAGUGGGGGAACAAACGGAGGGACAGAACUAUUCGUCCCAGGGCAGACACCACAAGAGCAUAGGAACAAUGAAAAUUCCCUCCAUUUUCUCAAAAACCAGGACUUCUACAUCAACAGCAAGAAAAUUGACGUUCAUCAGGUGAUGGCCGCCCCGGUGUUUGGCCUAGACGAAUCCAUCAUCGCCGUCGUGGUGGCGAUCAACGCGAAGGAUAAAGUCUCCUUCACUGACAAAGACGCCCAGUUCCUGAGCAUGUUCUGCUCGCACAUAUCGAAGGAGCUGGAAGACGCCAAGGGGCUUCCCGACACUCUAAGGUGA